UAUUUUAAUUAUUGUAAUUAUAAUAUUUUUAGUUGGAAAUAUAAUUUUUGUUUCUAAACGUAAGCAUUUAUUAAUUAUUCUAUUGAGUUUAGAAUUUAUUGUUUUAAGUAUUUUUUUAUUUUUGUUAUUUUAUUUAAUAAUAAUUGAUAUUAAUAUAUAUAUAUUAAUAGUUUUUUUAGUUUUUUCUGUUUGUGAAGGGGCUUUAGGGUUAUCUAUUUUAGUGUCUAUAAUUCGAACUCAUGGUAAUGAUUAUUUUCAAAGAUUUAAUUUAUUAUAAUAUGAUUAAAUUUAUUUUAAUAAUUAUUUUUAUAAUUCCUUUAUGUUUUAAAUUAAGAAUAUUUUGAUUGGUUCAGUCUCUAAUAUUAUUAAUGAUAUUUUUAUUUAUAAAUUUAAGAUUAAGAGUUUUUUAUAAUACAAAUAUUAGAUAUAUAUUUUCUUUAGAUAUUAUAUCUUUUGGUUUAAUUUUAUUAAGAAUUUGAAUUUGUGUUUUAAUAUUGAUGGCUAGAGAAAAUUUAUUACGAGUAGGAUUUUAUGUAAAUUUUUUUUUAUUUAAUUUGUUAUUUUUGUUAUUAAUAUUAUAUAUAUCUUUUUCAAUAAUAAAUUUAUUUAUAUUUUAUAUAUUUUUUGAAGGGAGUUUAAUUCCUACAUUAAUAUUAAUUGUUGGUUGAGGCUAUCAACCUGAACGAAUUCAGGCAGGUUUAUAUUUAUUAUUUUAUACUUUAUUUGCUUCUUUACCUUUAUUGAUAGGAAUUUUUUAUAUUUUUAAUUAUAGUAAUAAUAUUAUAUUUUAUAUAAUAAAAUUUAGAAAUUUUAAUUUUUAUUUAUUAUAUUUUUCUAUGAUUAUAGCUUUUUUAGUAAAAAUACCUAUAUAUUUUGUUCAUUUAUGAUUACCUAAAGCUCAUGUUGAAGCUCCAGUUUCUGGGUCUAUGAUUUUGGCUGGUAUUAUAUUAAAGUUAGGAGGAUAUGGGUUAUUUCGGGUUUUAAUUAUAAUAGAAAAAAUUAGUUUAAAAUUGAAUUUUAUUUGAAUUAUUAUUAGAUUAGUUGGGGGAUUUUAUGUUAGUUUAAAAUGUUUUUGUCAAGUGGAUAUGAAGUCUUUAAUUGCCUAUUCUUCUGUUGCGCACAUAAGAAUUGUUAUUGGGGGAAUUAUAACGAUAAAUUAUUGGGGAUUUAUUGGUUCUUAUAUUUUAAUAAUUGGUCACGGUUUAUGUUCUUCUGGUAUAUUUUGUUUAGCUAAUAUUAAUUUUGAACGUUUAAAUAGUCGUAGAUUAUACAUUAAUAAGGGGAUAAUGAACUUUAUACCUUCUAUAAGAUUAUGAUGAUUUUUAUUAAUAUCUUCUAAUAUGGCGGCUCCACCUACUUUAAAUUUAAUAGGGGAAAUUAGUUUAAUUAAUAGUUUAUUAAGUUGAUCUUGAUUAUCAAUAAUUAUAUUAAUAUUAGUUUCUUUUUUUAGAGCUGGUUAUAGAUUAUAUUUAUUUUCUUACACUCAGCAUGGGAGUUAUUAUAGAGGAAUAUAUAGUUUUUAUGGUGGAGUUUCACGGGAAUAUUUAUUAUUAAUUUUACAUUGAUUACCUUUAAAUUUAAUAAUUUUAAAGGUAGAUUGAUUAAUAAUUUGAUUUUA